GCAACGCGCCUCGUGUGGGUCUUUAUGUUUGGGUUUUCUCUUUCCACUUGUAUGCUGGCUGUCAGUGAGCUGAUUCUGCAAUUAUUUCUAAUGGUGUAGCAGUUGGCUUUGGACUUUUUUACAGUGGUCCAAUCAACGCACACACACACACACACAAGGCCUUGUUCGUGUUGUUGCUGUUGUGCGCUGGUGUUGUUACUUUUUGGGCAGACUCCAGACUCCCAGCGUGUUCUGAUUUUAAUACUUUUGACUCUGCUGGAAUCCUCUGGAGGUCACUGCGUUAAGUCCACUUCCAUGUGUCUUGUUGUGGUGAUUAGUACUUGUCAUAACCCUUCCUGAAGGCACCUGCCAGGCCCUGAUAUACACGCAUACACACACAAAGACGCACACAGACACACACACGCACACAAAGACGCACUGUUUUUGGCCUUGCUGUAAAUAACCUGCAGGAGAAGUAGUCAAAUGCAGGUUGAUGCAAACCAGCCUGGAACAUCUGCUCCAUUCAGGUGAGAUGGAAAUGUUCACCGACCCAAAGGAGCUUCACGCAGGUUCACGCCUUACAGAGCACCUCCGUACAUAAUUAACUGAACUUUGAAAGACCAGUUCAUUGAGUUUGGUCAAACCGGUCCUCAGGCUUUGAACUCUUGUCUUUAAAGAGAUGGCAGUGAGUUAUUAGCUCUCUUAUGGACACACACUUCUGAUCAAUACCUUCUUUAGAAUGCAACAUUCAUUCAGACAUUUGAUGUUUCUUUUUGCUGCAUUUACUUAAAUAGUUCUGUUAAUAUCUUCAAACCUCUCAAUGCCAAGGACGUUGACUGUAGCUUCUUCUUCAGAUGAUCUUCUGUCAAACGUAAAAUGGAAUUUGUUUUAAAUAUGAAUCUUCCACAAUUCAUCUUUAUUGUUUUUUAAAGCUAUGGGAUUAUUACUACUAUUAUUGGGAGAGAUUUUGAAUGGAAUCCUUCACAGUGGUUGAACUGUGGAAGAUGCCAAAAUCCUGCUCUAAGUUGGACCUGCUGAAGCAUGUGGCCUCUUGGAGCUCCAUGGGAUUUUGGACCUGAUUCUCAGGGUGUGCGUCCACACAGAAAAUCACUAUUUCCAUUGUGAGUUAUUUUUUGGCUCCUGUGCUUGUAGCCCAUCAUCAGCAUGUAAUCAUAACCCUGACUUGAAUGUAGUUUAAUGGUCCUCACUGGAGGCCAUUUAUGUGCAACUUCAUCUUCUUGAGAGGAAAUCGUGUGCUUUUGUUUUGCUGUGACAGGAAACCAUCACGAGGAACAUCUGUGAUGUUCAAUCAAGUGCUUUCUUAAUCCCACCAACUGUAUAGAUGAUUUAAAACAAAGAUAAAAUAUAUAUAUACAAUGGCAUUUUUACAUCAAGUUUAUUAUAACUGACCUUCCCAUGUGGUGCUGCUCAGCAACAUCACUCCACCAGAAGGUUAAUGAACAUUAUUCCGUAUCAAAGAAGACUUGAAACUAGCGAUAAACUCAUGUUAACAAUGUUUGCUGAGCACAUGGAUUGAGAUUUAAUUUAAUUUAGCAUUGAAUGGGUCACCUGGGAGAUCACAGGUUAAGUUGGCUUGACUUUUGACAGCAGGAGGUUGAACUUCUUCUUCUUUCUUUUCUCUCCGACGUGUUCACGGCUGCAUUCAUCUGUUUAGCAACAGAUUGUUAAUCACCUCGUCCUUAUUUUAAUAAAUGAAUACUCGUUGUGUUCAGUUCUGUGAUGCAUUCCUCUCAGGCUGCUCAUGUAGGUGCUUCUUUUAAUUUGCUCCUAAUGAAUCCGGUUUAAGCUGGUAAACCGGACCAGACCUGGACCCUCUAGUUCUAAUACAUGUGUCCCUCUGAGGAAAGAAGCUCUAUACAAUGUGUUUGACCUUUGACCUCAGUCCUUGUGCUAAAACAUAAGAUGAAGCAGAAGAACAUCCACUGCAUGUUUUAAAUAAUGAAGUCCAGUACGGAUGCUGCUGAGGAUCCUCGAGUUCAAACCGGUUCCUCGUGAAUUCAUGCUGCAGUUUGACAGCUUCUCCUCCAUCACUCAUUAAACCUGUUGAACUGACUUCUAGAUGAAGACAACCUCACAUGUGAUGAUGCAUCAUACGUCCACAUCUGUUCACCAUGUCAUCCGUGUCCCAAUGUGUUUUUUUCUAUGCUGAAGCAUAAAUGUGAAGCCGGGGAUCACGUUGCCCUUUUAGCUUUUAAACUAUGGGAUGGUUGCCGUGGCAGCAUGCCCCAAACUGUUGUUACAUGGUCCUUGAAGGCUACAUAUUGUUGCUGUUUUUGUAUGUUGUUGCAUAUUUUCCAGAACUGUGGGAAAUAAUGACUGCUGCUGCAGGUCAAAUGACGUUGCAAGGUGCAAGCAACGCGGAGCGGUUCGACUACGUCAUGAACUUUCUGAAAAAGAUGGCGGGAAACGAGUACGUGGGUUUCAGCAAUGCCACAUUCCAGUCGGAGCGCGAGUCAGGAGACAGAAACUUUGCCAUCGGCUACUACCUGAAAGAAAAAAAGUGUUUCCCAGAGGGGACGGACAUGACGUCCGUACUGGACUUCUACUUUCAGCUGUGCUCCAUCGAGGUGACCUGCGAGAGCGCCAGCGUGAUGGCGGCCACCCUGGCCAACGGCGGCAUCUGCCCCAUCUCUGGUGAGCGCGUGCUGAGCCCCGAGGCCGUGAGGAACACCCUGAGCCUCAUGCACUCCUGCGGCAUGUACGACUUCUCUGGACAGUUCGCUUUCCACGUCGGUCUGCCGGCCAAGUCUGGAGUAGCGGGGGGGAUCCUGCUGGUUGUACCCAACGUAAUGGGCAUCAUGUGCUGGUCGCCUCCACUAGACAAGCUGGGCAACUCGGUCCGAGGAAUUCAGUUCUGCACGGACCUCGUGGAGCUUUUCAACUUCCACAACUACGACAACUUGAGGCACUUUACCAAAAAGCACGACCCCCGCAGAGAAGGAGGGGACCAGCGGGUCAAAUCUGUCAUCAACCUGCUGUUUGCUGCCUACACAGGAGACGCCUCUGCGCUGAGGAGGUUUGCUCUGUCCUCCAUGGACAUGGAGCAGAGGGACUACGACUCCAGGACGGCCCUCCAUGUGGCUGCAGCUGAAGGACACACGGAGGUGGUGCGCUUCCUCCUGGAGGCCUGCAAGGUGAACCCGGUACCCAGAGACAGAUGGGGGAACACGCCGAUGGAUGAAGCGGUGCACUUUGGCCACCACGACGUGGUGACCAUGCUGCAGAGCUAUCAUGACAAAUACAGCCCUCCUGCUGCUGCUGCUGCUGAUGACAAGCAGAGUGUUGAGAAGAGCCUGGACAGCCUGCUGUAGACCUGCUGCACUGAACCUCACCUCUGAACCCCUCGGUUCUUGUUGCUUUCUGGCUGUACAUCGCUGCUUCAUAUUGUCUGUGUGAGUGAGCUUCACCUCCAUCCUGUUUAUACAAAGUCUACAAUAUCUGGGUAUCACGUUUACAGUAAGUUACUGAAGUAAUGUGAGUUGUAUUAGUUUAGUUACACUAUAGAACUUGUUCUAUUGUUCUCUAUUUCAGUGAUACUCUCAAUGUAUUUGUUUUGUGAGAUAGUGAAGUGUGGAAUGAUCAUAUGAGCUUUAUAUUGUGUACAAAGACUGACCUCCAUGUGGCUGAAUCUAUGUUCUCCUGACUGCUGCAGCUUCAUCUCCUUUUGAAGUCAUCUACAGAUUGUAAUCUGAAUGUAUUUUUCAUCUGGAAAACACUUAAUAGAAGAGCAAUGCAUUGAUUUCACAGAGACCUUUUAAAGUUUAUGGACACGUAAGAUUGUGUAGUUUGUUGCAUCUGGGAUUAAGUCACGUUUUAUCUGCAUUUAUUGAUGUCAGAUGUUUAUUCUGUGAGCCCCUGAGGAGCAGCUUUUUGUACCGAACAACUUCAGCCGCCCAAAGACAAAAACCAUAGAAAAGUCUCACUUUGUACGAUGCUGCUUCGUACAGAUCAAAUCCAAAUAAGACGCUACUUUAAGAAUCUACGGAAUUCUUCAUCAUCUGGAGAUGGAAAAGGUUUAAAGAUACCAACAAACAAGAAGUGACCUGAUGGAAACACAAUGUGUCAAGUAGAGGUUUUAUGUUACGCUUUAACAUUCCUUCUAAUGGUCUCAUUACACUGAGAAUUGUGAGUGUAUGUAUAAUAUAUAUUAUAUAUGUAUAUAUUAUACAAUAACGUCACAAGUGUCAGUCACAGAAUAUCUUAAAGCUAUAAUUUAUAAUAUAUAUAUAAAACAAUUGAUCUACUAAGUUACGUACUUAAACUCCACUCCACCUAACCCAAAGGGCAGAUGUUGGUGUCACAUUGAGUGACAGCUGUGAGCUGUCAGCAAACUUUGUCCUGCCAACACGUUCUGUCACAAGAGGCAGGAAGUGGGAGGCUAAUCUAAUCUAAUCUUAAUCUGAUCUAAUCUUGUGUUUUCAUAUAAUCAUAAUUGACUGUAGUUUUAUUUCCCCCCUUUAGACGAAUGUGUCAGGUGACGUAGACGUCUCAUCACUGUCUCCAUCAGGUUCUAGUAAGCACUAUAAUCUCACUAUAAUCUCCUUCACUUGACUCUUCAGGAACCCACUUCUGUUGCUUCUGGGACUCCAUCUGUCUGUUGCUAAAUAUAAUACAAAACUAGACAUAUUUCAGUCGAUGUUCCUAAACUUUUUUAUGAAUGUUUUUUCUUAUAUGGAGGGUCUUUCUAAAGGAGCGUGGUAUAUUUUAGUAGUGCGACGCACAAACUGAACAAGCAGCCGGUGUUUGUCCUUUUUCCUUCUGUAUAAAUAAAGUUGUUCAGUACUGUAAAAUGCAAAUGUUAUUUCCCUUGCUACUGGAAUGAUAUGUUUAUUUUAAUAAACAAAAGUUAAGAAUA